UGCGGUCGCGCUGGCUUCCCCGAUCCUCACCUUAACGUACCCUCCCUCCCCACCAGCCAGUCGCAGACGUGUUGGCGCACUUAAUUCCCACUCCUCUUUCAUCUGUCGCUGUCGCUCACUUCUUUCCUUGUCUCCUGUAUUGUCCGUUAAACCCCAACUUCUUUUCCAAUUCCGCCAGGCUUCCUGCCCAGAUUGCCGUGCGCCAUGUUCUCCCUCGACUGGAGGGGACUCAUCCUCCCCAUCUCUUACAUACUGGUGCUGGGCGGGACCUUUGUUACGUUCUCCAGCGUCUACAGGAAGCGCAAGGCUGCGCAAAAAGCAAACCUCGAGCCGUGGUUCGGCCCCCACCUGCAACGAAAUGUCUACCUGUCGCUACUCCACAUGGAGCCCGAGGAGGGCCAAGAAAAGGCUCCCCAGGUCCCCCAGAGCAUCCUGCGUGCUGCCCUUAUACGUCGCGCAGUUGAAGAUAUCCACCGCAUCAUCCAAAUCCGCACCGCGAAGCAGGCAUGCUCGACCCUGUUGCAGAGGGGGAGUGUUGGCGAUGACUUGUGGCAGAGGUUCACGCGCGCUGAGAGCGAGAUGGAGGCUGAGCUUCGUGAUGUAGUUAUGGAGGCCAAUGGACUCUCUCCAAACUGGGGCCAGAGCAUCUUCCAGAGCGCGAACGAGCUUGCCGCAAAUGCCAUGUUCCAGAAGAAGAUCGAGGAGAUAACCGCCAAGACCGCCUCCGAGAAGGAAUGGUGGGAGAAGCGCCGCGCCGCCAUCUCGUCCGAUUUCAUGAAGGAGCUGGACGAGGAUGUGGACGGCGAGAAGUCGCGGCCCACGACGGCCCAUAGCGAGGACGGCAUCCUGGUCGACCCGAGCUCACCAGGCGAUGGCACUGGAGCUUCCAAGAAGAGGAAGGGGAAGAAAUAGGAGAAACCCCCUCGCAAGAGAAGAUCCAGCGCUCGGAAGAGGGCUUGAGCGUACCACGACAGGGCCGGACGCUGCUAUUCCUGGCUAUCGGUUGCGCACCUGUGACUAGACAGGCCACGCGUGGACGGCCUGCUCGUGGACAUUGUACAAAUUUCACAUUAGUUCUACGGAAUCCUGAGCCUCACAUUCCAGCUCGGCAUUCACGGCAUUGCUACGGUUGCGCGGCGUUCAAGGCUUACUUCUGUCUAGAUAAUCUGGGAAUCAGACACGUUUCUUGAUGGGCUCCCGGGGAUUAAAUGAUAAAUUCUUGCUGCGAUAAAAAUCAGGACUAAAUCACCGCGACUCCUCGCUAUGGAUCUCUCUCGAUAGUCUCGAGACAUUCUAUGGCAAUCUCUGACAUGCUCGACCGGCUAGGAAAACAACAUGCGACGCUAGAUGCCGAUUGGGAUGGGGGUUGAUUGGACGUGAUAUAGAGGCUUCCGGGUGUACGUUCGUCAUUGAUACCAUGGUAAUUUCCUCCUCAUGGCGUCGUCCUCGUCCUGUUUUAUUCGGGCCUGUCUGGCCUCCUCCAUGAUUUCAUCCUCGGUCUUGAUAUGUAAUGGCGUCUCGCACUUAUUUCACUUAACUGUCAGUCUUCAGCCUCUUCUCUCGCCACUCUCCACGGCGACGUCACCGCCGUCUUGUUCCAGGGGUCUGUCCAAGGCAGGGGAAGAAUAAGUACUCACACCUCUGAGCCCGAUGAACUUUCCGAUCUUCCUCCGCUUCUCCUCGAUUCCCAGCCCUUCCUCCCAGGUGAUCGGGCAAGGGUAGUGCCGCGUCCACUGGCAAGGCGUCCGCUGGUGGUAGAAGUGCGCGAUCUCGUCCAACUGCGCGUCCGUCAGGAGCCAGAAGUUGAGCAGCGUCGGCGGGAAGCUCGGGUGGAUCUGCCCGCUCGUCAGCUGGACCAGCGGCGCGAGCGGCAGCGACAUCUGCCUCAGCUUGGCCUCCAACGCCUCGUUGCGAUCCGCCCGCCGGGUGCCCAUGCUGCUGCUGUAGCUGUCGCCCACGGGCACUCUUGGUUGAGACGGUGAUGGUGGGGGCUGGUGUUGUUGUGUGCCCUGCGGGCCGUUGUUCCAGUUGCUCAUGGUUAUUAGAUGUCUCUUUGGAUGGUAGGCAGAGAUGAUAUGUUCUUCUCGAGACGAGGAAGAAGCGGGUGGGGUGUGGUGAAUAUUAUCAAAAAGAGUCUGUCAAACCGUUAUUGCUUAAAUAGAAGAAAUUUGAGAAGCCAAAAAGAGGGAGCUUCUUUCAUCAAUAGUCAAAACAGUUGGAAGGCCAAAGAGAAUGAUGGAUGGGUGGUGUGUGUUACAAGAGACUGUGUGUCAGUUGGCUAAGGCCAUC